UGAGCCACUUUAUAUAAUGCAUCUAUCAAAUAUGUAAAUAAACAUCCUUUCUCACCUUGGCACUUUCCACAGAAGUGUUUGGUUUGUGUCUGUUCUUGUAAUUGAGCAGCACAAACUCAGCCAUUUCUCUCUCCCUUACAGACAGACAGAAUCAAAACCAAACCCAACGUCACCAUAGGGACACGCCACAUGUGUCUUUGUCCGCACACCUGACGUCACUUUCACCUGUUUGCAUAUGCGCUUCCCUCUGUACACCAAACAAGCAGCGAAUGACCAUAACAAUAGACAACCAGCAUGUUUUUAUUUUGUCUUGUUGUUGUCUGUACACCUGCAGUGAAACUAGGUGUGUCUGCUUCACGGUAUUUAAAUCAUACAAAAAUGACUCCAGACAGAUGGAUUAUGGACUCCUGAACUGAAGAAGUGAUCCUUCAGGUGGAUGGAUAUCAUAGUUUGACUUCUUUUAAAACAAUAAAACUAUAGUUUAGAUCAUGUCAAGUUGAGUUGAUGAGUCUGGAUUAAGUGAAGGCGUCAUCUAGGGCUCUCUCUCUGUCUAUGUUUUUUCUCUCACGCUGAUAAGAUGACAGAAAAGCAGUUGAUCUUUGGCCCCUAUGAGGGCCCACAGGUGAUCUGACGAAGGAAAGCUCGGGAGCGUUUCUCUGUUCUGGCUGGAUUGGUGGACGUUUUGGAGGACUGUGUGUGGAUGCUGGUGUAAAACAUGAAUGUUUUUAUACUGGCACUUUUUCUUCUCAUCGCCAAUGGAGAGUCAGCCGAUCUCCAGCCUCAAAACGCUGCAGUUCUCCAAGGCUCCAGUGCUCAGUUUAACUGCAGCAGCACUCAACCUCCACAAAUCAUGACCUUUAUGCUCAAUGGACGCUUGGUUGUGACCAUCAUGCAAACUUCUGGGGUGUUGAACAGCACGGACCGCUUUUCUGCUAGUAAUUUCACCACGCCUGGAAAUUACAAAUGGCAGUUUACCAUCAGCAACGUGCAGAGAAGCGAUGCGGGUGUAGUCGCCUGUCAGGUUUUGGGUGGAGAUGCUGUGACGGCCACACUGUCUGUACAAGAUCGGGGCACUGUGCAGAUCGCAGGGGGAAAUCAGACCAAAAUGCUGGGUGUUCAGACGCAGUUUAGCUGUUUGGCCGCGGGCUGGUACCCCGAGCCCAACAUGUCCUGGUCUGUGAACGGAGAGACUCAAUUCUGCAACAAAAGUUCCGUCACACAGGGAGGACUGUAUAACUCCAGCUGCACGCUCACACUCACGGCCAGCAAAAACUCAACUGUACAGUGUCUGGCUGCUAUACCUGCCCUGAACACACCAGACAGCAACACUGUAUUCCUGACUGUUGUAAAAAAAGACCAGACAGUGUUGAUCGCUAUCACCGUUGCCUUCAGUGCUGCUGCUCUACUGUUUCUCAUCAUCUAUGGCAUCAUUUUCUUCUGCAGGAGAAAGAAGAAAAAAUCGAGCUACCAAGAGGAGGUCAGAAGGGCGCGGGUUCAGUCCCAGGCCAGGAUUUCAGCCAUAGAAGAAGUGCGAGGAAGGGACAACCGAGGAUAUAUAACAGAUGGACGUGACCGUGCGUAUGCAUAUGCAAACAUAAAAGGACAAAAUAAUGGCGGCGUCUGGUACACAAAGAAUUCCAACAGACUUCAGCUGCCCGAUGACUUUUUUGGAGAUGACCAGAGGAAGCACAGACACAUGACCAUGGUCUGAGACUAAGACUGACCUGAACAUGUUGGAUUUUAUGGACAGCAGGUGUUCUGGCUCCUUUCUUUUUUUCUUUUUUCCGUUUUAUUUCCGAUUAUAGACAAAAAGGAGCCUGAAGGACGGUUUAUCAGCACACAAGCUCCGGGAUUUUCUCUGUGGUCUCAGACUUUUGGACCGCACUGAAUACGGUUUAUUUAUUUGCAUUUUUGACGUUAUGAACUCUCACUUUUCUGAGGGUUCAUUAGAUAGACAUGGGAGGUUUUGUAGCCAAAUGAACAAAGCAUGAAAAGUAAUUUUUUAUACAUCUACGUGUGUAAAACAAGACGUUUCCACAGCAGGUUUGUUUUGAAUCAACAGCAUCCUGUUUCCUCCAGAAUUACAAAAUCAUCAGCAUAUGGCACAACACACCCGUGAGAGUUCUGCUUCCUGUGUUUUUUUUAAUAGCCGCUUUCAAUUAAAACCAAAGACUUUUCACGAGAAGCCUUCGGAGAGGAUUAUAUUAUCACGUCCUGUUUCACUGAGCAAUGCAUUUAAACUAUGAAUGCAUUUAAUCUCCAAUAUUACAUUAAUCAUGCAGUGAAGUGUCAUGGAUUAGAACUAAAUGAAUCAAUCACUUAUUCAGUGAUAUCAAAUUCAGAUUAAAAGUGCAGUUUUAGUUCUUCACAUUUUCUCAUUUGUGUGGGACUAAAAUUGAUAAAUAAAGAAGAUUGAACAAAUUAUUAUUAUUAUUUUUAAAAAACCUCAAUAGUGUUAAUGUACUGCUAAAUUAUUUUAAACAAUGCAUUUGUAAAAAUACAUUUUCCAACCUUA